UCGCCUCUUCCUGCCGGGUCGUCCCUCUCUCCUCCCCUCUCCGCUCCCUCCGCCCUGCUCCCUCCGCCCUCCCAGGGCUCUGGAGGCAGCGGAGUGAACGGGACGGGCCCGGCCGUAGAGCGCGGGGCGGCGGGUGGGACACGGUCGCCUGGUAGAGUUGUUGUUCCGGCAGCGCCCGCGGAGACGUGAGGAGAUGUUGAUACUACAUGGUGAUUGUAAAUAGAGCUGCAGUGAACAUGGGAGUGCAGUUUUGCCAGGUGGAUGUGGGAAGAGAAGUUUGCAGAACUGAAAUGGAGGUCAGAGCUUCAUUACAGAAGGUUACUGGGUCAUCUGAUUCUGUGGCUACACUGAACAGUGAAGAAUUUGUUUUGGUUCCUCAGCAUGCAGAUGAUAUUUCUACAAAAGAUGAUGAAAAACCUCAACUGAAGAUAGUUUCCAAUGGUGAUGAACAAUUGGAAAAAGCCAUGGAAGAGAUUUUGAGAGAUUCUGAGAAAGGGCAAAGCAGUGUUCUCGUUGAUUGUCACAGUUCGAGUGAGAUUUCAGAUAGUACAUUUGGAGAUGUUUCAGUCAUCCAAACAAAGAAGCCAUCUCUUCAGUUAAUUUUGGAUCCAUCUAAUACAGAAAUAUCUACUCCCAGACCUUCUUCUCCAAGUGGAUUACCUGAAGAAGAUAGUGUUUUAUUUAACAAACUGACUUACUUAGGAAGUAUGAAGGUUUCUUGCCCACGUAAUGAAGUGGAGGCUUUACGGGCGAUGGCAACCAUGAAAUCUUCCAGUCAGUACCCUGUUCCUGUUACUUUGUAUGUGCCAAAUAUUCCAGAAGGUUCUGUGAGAAUCAUAGACCAAUCCAGCAAUGUGGAGAGAGCAUCUUUUCCAAUCUAUAAGGUAUUAUUCUGUGCACGUGGACAUGAUGGGACAACAGAGAGCAAUUGCUUUGCGUUUACAGAGAGUUCCCAUGGUUCGGAAGAAUUUCAAAUACAUGUUUUCUCCUGUGAAAUUCAAGAGGCAGUAAGCAGAAUUUUAUAUAGUUUCUGUACAGCAUUCAAACGUUCUUCCAGACAAGUGUCUGAUGUUAGAGACUCGAUUAUUCCUACCCCUGACAGUGAUGUGUUUACCUUCAGUGUCUCCUUGGAGGUAAAAGAAGAUGAUGGAAAAGGAAACUUUAGUCCUGUGCCUAAGGACAGAGAUAAGUUUUAUUUCAAGUUGAAGCAAGGAAUAGAGAAGAAGGUUGUGGUUACAGUGCAGCAACUUUCUAACAAAGAAUUGGCUAUUGAAAGAUGUUUUGGAAUGUUAUUAAGCCCAGGUCGAAACGUGAAGAACAGUGACAUGCAUUUACUGGAUAUGGAAUCCAUGGGAAAAAGCCAUGAUGGAAGAGCUUAUGUUAUCACUGGCAUGUGGAACCCCAAUGCACCAAUAUUUUUGGCACUUAAUGAAGAAACCCCAAAAGAUAAACGAGUGUACAUGACUGUGGCAGUGGAUAUGGUAGUCACAGAGGUGGUGGAGCCUGUCCGCUUUCUCCUGGAGACAAUAGUUCGUGUGUACCCUGCAAAUGAGCGAUUUUGGUAUUUCAGCAGAAAGACUUUCACAGAGACUUUCUUCAUGAAGUUGAAACAGUCUGAGGGAAAAGGCCAUACCAGUACUGGAGAUACAAUAUAUGAGGUCGUGAGUCUACAGCGAGAAUCCGACAAGGAGGAACCAGUCACUCCUACUAGUGGAGGGGGUCCAGUGUCACCCCUGGAGGAUGAAGCAGAAGAGGAGAGUGAUAAUGAACUCUCAAGUGGUACUGGUGAUGUUUCUAAGGAUUGUCCUGAGAAGAUCCUAUAUUCUUGGGGAGAAUUGCUAGGAAGAUGGCACAGUAAUCUUGGUGGACGACCAAAAGGGCUAUCUACUCUGGUGAAGAGUGGUGUUCCUGAAGCUUUGAGGGCAGAGGUGUGGCAGUUAUUAGCAGGCUGCCAUGACAACCAGGCAAUGCUGGACAGAUACCGAAUUCUUAUCACAAAGGACUCAGCCCAGGAGAGUGUUAUUACUCGAGAUAUUCAUCGUACGUUUCCUGCACAUGAUUACUUUAAAGAUACAGGAGGAGAUGGUCAGGAAUCGCUCUAUAAGAUCUGCAAGGCCUACUCUGUAUAUGAUGAAGACAUUGGGUACUGUCAAGGACAGUCUUUUCUUGCUGCUGUAUUGCUGCUGCAUAUGCCAGAGGAGCAAGCAUUCUGUGUUUUGGUGAAAAUCAUGUACAACUAUGGUUUGCGAGACCUCUACAAAAACAACUUUGAAGAUCUUCAUUGCAAAUUCUACCAGUUGGAGAGACUAAUGCAGGAACAGCUACCGGACCUGCACAGCCAUUUUUGUGAUCUGAACCUGGAAGCUCAUAUGUAUGCAUCCCAGUGGUUUCUUACUCUGUUUACUGCCAAGUUCCCGCUCUGCAUGGUGUUCCACAUCAUUGACUUACUGCUUUGUGAGGGUUUGAACAUCAUCUUUCAUGUAGCCUUGGCUCUCCUAAAGACCUCAAAGGAAGACCUUCUGCAGGCUGAUUUUGAAGGUGCUUUAAAGUUCUUCAGAGUUCAGCUACCAAAGCGAUACAGGGCAGAGGAAAAUGCUAGAAGAUUGAUGGAGCAGGCUUGCAAUAUUAAAGUACCAACAAAGAAGCUGAAGAAAUAUGAGAAAGAAUAUCAGACAAUGCGAGAGAGCCAACUGCAGCAGGAAGACCCAAUGGAUAGAUACAAGAGGGAGAACCGAAGAUUACAGGAGGCCAGCAUGAGGUUGGAACAAGAGAAUGAUGACCUCGCCCAUGAACUAGUAACCAGCAAAAUUGCUCUGCGGAAUGACCUGGAUCAGGCAGAAGACAAGGCAGACGUGUUGAAUAAGGAGCUCCUCUUGACCAAACAGAGGCUGGUGGAGACUGAAGAGGAGAAGAGGAAGCAAGAGGAAGAGACUGCCCAGCUAAAGGAAGUCUUCAGGAAACAGCUAGAGAAGGCAGAAUAUGAAAUAAAGAAGACUACAGCUAUCAUUGCUGAGUAUAAGCAGAUCUGUUCCCAGUUAAGUACCAGGCUGGAGAAACAGCAAGCAGCCAGCAAGGAAGAGCUGGAAGUGGUAAAGGGUAAAAUGAUGGCAUGCAAACAUUGCAGCGACAUUUUCAGCAAGGAGGGCACUUUGAAACCAGCAGCCAUAAGCCGAGAGGACCAGGGAAUUGAAACGGAUGAUGAGAAGGACUCGCUUAAGAAGCAGCUGAGGGAGAUGGAGCUGGAGCUGGCACAAACCAAGCUGCAGUUGGUGGAGGCCAAGUGUAAAAUCCAGGAACUUGAACAUCAGAGAGGAGCCCUUAUGAAUGAAAUCCAAGCUGCAAAAAACUCUUGGUUUAGCAAAACCCUGAACUCUAUCAAAACAGCCACAGGUACCCAGCCACUGCAGCCACCACAGGCCACCCAGCCACCCAAAGAGAGCACAUAGUUCUGGCCUCACCCAAGCACAAGAGCACAAGGAUCAAGGCAAUGGAAACCCAGGAGGAUUAUUCCUGGUGUCCCUUUGAAGGAAAGUAAAGGAGACCAGAAAGCAAGCCAGAAUCUUUCAGUAGCUGUCACUCUUUCUUGUAUGACACUUUUCAAAGGGAUGUUGUUUAAACUGACCUGAUUUGUGUUGAAUACCUAUUUUCCAGCUUCUUCAUGGAAGGCCAUGUUCAGACCCAUCAUAGUAUUACACAUUAUUUUAUAUGCCUGAUGUUUAGUUGGAAAUAAGUAAUUCAAAACUAAACGCUUUUUAU